AUAAGUUAAUUUAUAAUGGCUCUUUCAUAUUAACUUCUCCAAAAUCAGAGUUUUAACUUACGCAUAAGAUAGUUUGAACUACCGCAACUUAUUUCUUUUUGUUCUUUUUAUUUUCCUCUUCUGUAAGUGGUUACAGAGAUCUACUUAAGCAGGCCCAUAGUCAUAAAUGCACGAAGAGUAGUGUAGUUGGCAUCCUCAAAUUGAUAUUUUAAAUUUAUGUGUGGUUGGUGUCUUGUGGUUGAGAGAUGCCACAUGAUGUAUCGUGACAAUGUGCAUUCUAAUUUGUGUUUGUUUCUCCCAAUAAAGCAUUCUUUAUUUGCUUGCCCUACUCAGUUCUGCUGUUUAUGGAAAAUGGAUUUUUGUGUUUUGUGAUUUGCAUCUCAAGCAGCCAUGCAGUGGUUGAUUCGAUGAUGCUUUGCUAGUGUGAACUUGGUGACACAUUAUACCCUUUGCAACCCUUCUUGCUUGCUAUUAUCUGGCUAUAUCCAUCAGAGCUUUGAACAUUUGGGAGUUUGAUUGUAGCUAAAAGAAGCAUGGAAGGCACUAAGGGUGAUGAAGGAUCCAUUACCGUAGGAACCACUGGAACAAUCAGCUUAUUGAUGACAAAGGAAUUGGAUCAGAUGUCUGGUGUUCCACAGCAGGAUCUAUCUUCAACAAGUAAACCUCGAAUUUCAGUUUCAAGUGGUAGUGCUACGCCGAAACGACCACAACCAAGAAAAUCAUUUGAAGCCAGUAGUAGUAGUAGUAGUACUAGUAGUAAUGUUACAAACCAUAUAAGCUCAGGGAUUGGCCCCAAAACAAAACAUAAUGGCAAACAUACCCAUCAACUACCCAUGCUUGGUUCCCACACCCUUCCAUUGGAGGCAAGUCCAGUUAUGAAGAAAAAGGAUAAGAAGAAAAAAUCUAAAUUUGUGGAAGUUGUGGACAUCAAGUGUGGUUAUGCAGAUAAAGCUUGGGCCACACCUAUCACAAAUUCUCUCAAGAAGUUGGGUUUCUCAAAGCUCUCUGAGAGCAUUACCUAA